AUGGCUCUCUUCGAACUACCGAAAGCUUUUGAUUUACCAUCAAAUUUUAAAAAAGGAUACUUUCCAUACAAAUUUAACACCAUAAAAAAUGCGAAUUAUGUUGGCCUUUUACCAGCAAUAGAAUACUACGGGGCAAACAGCAUGAAACCAAAAGAACGUGACAUAUUUCUGCAAUGGCAUGAAAAUCAUAAAAAUGAUGUUUUUAAUAUGCAACGUGAUAUUAUUGAAUACUGUUUUUAUGAUGUUGUAAUAUUAAGAGAAGCCUGCCUUAAGUUUCGAAAAUUGUUCAUAACUGAAUGUAAUGUGGAACCGUUUUUAGAAGCCACAACUAUAGCAUCAGCCUGCAAUUUAGUGUUCCGGAGAAAUUUUCUUAAGUCCAAUACUAUCGGGCUGAUUCCUAAAAAUGGAUAUAGAUAUGCAGAUAAUCAGUCAAAGCAUGCUAUACAGUGGCUGGUUUUUGAAGAGGAAAACCGUAAAAUCAAUAUUCAACAUGCAGUUAAAGAACGGGAAGCUAUAGUGGCCGGUGUUAAAGUAGACGGUUAUUGCCAAGAAACUAAUCAAGUUUUUGAGUUUUACGGAUGCUAUUUUCAUGGGCACCCCUCUUGUCUACCACAUAAACGUGACAAACCUUUGUACGAUGAUUUAAAUGAUACUCUAAAUCACCGCUAUGCAAGAACAAUUGAAAAAAGUAGCCGAUUAAGAAAUUUAGGUUACGAAGUUGUGGAAAUGUGGGCUUGUGACUUUGAAAGUUUGCUAAGUACAAAACAGAAAGAGCAUUUAAAAAAUCACCCAUUAGUAAACUGUACCCUGUUAUAUCCUCGAGAUUCAUUUUAUGCUGGUCGCACAGGAAAUACAUUUAGUUACUAUAAGUGCAAACAUGCAGAAAAAAUAAAUUAUAUUGAUGUGUGUUCCUUAUAUCCAUAUGUAUGUAAAUACGGAAAAUUCCCUAUUGGACAUCCCAAACUCCAUAUUGGAAAUACUAAAUGUUAUUCAUUAAAUUUACAAAACCUAAAUGGUCUCAUAAAGUGUAAAAUAUUGCCACCUGAACGUUUGUAUCAUCCGGUUUUACCGCUGAAGAAAAAUAAUAAAUUAAUGUUCACGUUAUGCCGUUUAUGCAGCGAACAAAGAAAUCAAAAUAAAUUUUGCACACAUUCAAAUGAUGAAAGAGCCUUAACGGGAACUUGGGUUAUCGAUGAAGUUAUUAAGGCUCUAGAAAAAAAUUAUACGAUAUUGGAGACGUAUGAAAUAUGGGAAUACGACGUAUCACAAUAUAAUAAACUUAAAAACGCUGAAGGAUUAUUUAGUAAAAUGAUGGAUAAAUUUUUAAAAAUAAAACAAGAAGCUUCAGGGUGGUCCAGCAAAUGUUGUACUAAAGAUCAAAAAGAAAAAUAUAUUGAAGAUUUUUUGCAAAACGAAGACAUACAGCUCGAAUAUGAAAAAGUUUUGAACAAUCCUGGGUUACGAUCAUUUGCCAAAUUUAUGUUAAAUUCAUUUUGGGGUAAAUUCGGACAAAGAUAA